GUUGAAUGGUGUUCAUAGGAAAGCAUUAUGUGUCCUACACCGAGUAUUCCAAUGUUUCUCCCUCAGGCAUUGACAGAUUACAUGUUUCUUCCUCCAAGCCAAGAGGCGGCUGCCAGCCUUGCCGCUGCUAACUACACAGUUUACAAUUUCAUUAUGACUCACCGAGACUCUUCCGGUGUUGUCUGGGGUGGUCCACACUUGUUCGAAAAGGCCUCUGAUCUGGGUAUGAAGACGCCCCUGUUGAAGACUGGAGUCUCUCACGGGGACGAACAGCUCUUCCUCUUCUCCAGCCAGGAGUACAACUAUGAGACGGAGACUUUCUCCUCCUCCUUCGUCUCCUUGUUUGUGAACUUCAUCUCCCGCGGGAGGCCGCAGGGUGUUGAAGGAGAGAGGUCAGAGUGGACGCCGGUAGUGGCUGGGGAACCCGUCGGCUAUUACAACAUCAGCCUCCAGCCCUCCAUGGUCCACACACCAUACAACGCCAAGGGACGCAACUUCUGGCUACAGACUAUUCCACUACUGGAAACCUUCCUGGAGACUGGUGCUGCCUCUCACCCCGCUGACGUGAAGGACGAGUUAUAGUUCCCCUCAUGGAUUAUAACAGCCAUGGGGCCUUUGGGUUGACACUUAUGGCUUUAAACUCUUAUUCCAGCCUAAAAAUGGUGAUAUUGCUUUAAUGCAACACUUUAUUGUUACUACUUACAUAUAACAGUACAGAUAUAACUACUGUAAAUAAUAAUGUUGGCUACUGUAAUACAAGAUGCUUGAGUUUUAGUUAAGUUACCCCCAUAAAACAGCAAGCCUGAUCCAUUUUCUCUCAAAAUAUUAAUACAGAAAGUUUCUCAAUGUUUUUGGUAACUAAUAUAUUUAACACAGUUUGGUAAUUUUUGUUUAGUAUAAUUAUUAUACAGUACCCACAUUCAUUUAGCGUGCUUAUAAAAAUUAUACGUAUAUAAGUUACAUAGUACAGGUAUACAAACAUCAUUAAGAUGUAGAUUAAUUUGACAAGGAACAGUCCGAGCAAAUUGAUACUGAUGUUGAUAAUGUAUUUAUAAUGUACUCUAGGGAUUUGUACUCAAUAAAAUAAAAUAAAAUGCA